CUUUCAAGCUCGGGGCGUCGGGGAAAGCAACAUCGAAACCCCCGAAGUCUCGACGAAUAACGCGAAAAACGCCCUUUUUAAACACCAGAAGUCAAACCACCGCGUGUUCCUACCUUUAUCUCCUCCUGAAGACGUGAACCACACCGUCCAAAAUGCCGCAGAACGAACACAUUGAGUUGCACCGCAAGCGCCAUGGCUACCGGCUCGACCACCACGAGAAGAAGAGGAAGAAGGAGAGUCGAGAGGCACAUGAGCGCUCGCACAAAGCCAAGAAGAUGAUCGGUCUGAAGGCCAAGCUCUACCACAAACAGAGGCAUGCAGAGAAGAUCCAGAUGAAGAAAACCAUUAAGAUGCAUGAAAAGAGAAAAACCAAACAGAAGGAUGACGAGAAGACACCAGAGGGCGCAGUGCCAGCUUACCUGCUGGACAGAGAGGGCCAGUCGCGGGCUAAGGUUCUCUCCAACAUGAUCAAACAGAAGCGGAAGGAAAAGGCUGGGAAAUGGGAGGUGCCACUGCCAAAAGUACGUGCUCAGGGUGAGACCGAGGUUCUGAAAGUGAUCCGAACUGGAAAGCGACAGAAGAAAGCCUGGAAGAGAAUGGUCACCAAAGUCUGCUUCGUAGGAGACGGCUUUACGCGCAAACCACCAAAAUACGAACGCUUCAUCAGGCCCAUGGGUUUGAGGUUUAAGAAGGCUCACGUCACUCACCCAGAGCUGAAGGCAACAUUUUGUCUGCCCAUCCUGGGUGUGAAGAAGAACCCCUCCUCACCCCUCUACACCACACUCGGGGUCAUCACCAAAGGAACGGUCAUCGAAGUGAACGUCAGCGAGCUCGGGCUGGUCACACAGGGCGGCAAAGUCAUCUGGGGUAAAUACGCUCAAGUGACCAACAACCCCGAAAACGACGGCUGCAUUAACGCGGUGCUGCUGGUCUAACGGGACCCUGAACUGUUUUAUGAACUGUGCCUAAGAGUGCAGCUGCGGACUGGACCCGACCUGGAACACCAACGUUUCUGUACAGCAUGCUGGAGAACCACAUUCCAGCUGGAAAACAUGCCAAUUUCUACCCUGUGGAUAAACCUGCGUCAAGUCAUCUGAGGUCCCACUCCAGGCUGGAGGGCCACACAACCUUUUCUUGCUGUAACACACUUAAUUUACCGACCUUACCUCUUAAUCUAACGAGCAGGAUGAAUGCUAAACAGUGCUGUGGGCCUCCAGGCCUGGCCUUUCUCAGUCUUUCUGUAUGGGAACAUGGGGAUUGUAUACAAAGGAGCUCUUCACAUAAAUUAUUUUCCUUAUGUGGAAUUAAUUUAUCUGUACGCAGCUACUGAAGCCAGAGAAAAACAAAGCUAUUGCAGGAAAUCAAGUUAUGAACACAGGUGGCUGUUUGUGUUAAACGUAAUUAAAGUGAAGUUUUCAUUAA